AGAAUCUCCAUUCAACCGUUGCCUCAUUCCCUGGAAAUGAAGUUCCUGACCACAGCCUUCGCCCUCGCUCUCCUCCCCCUUACCCUCGUCGCCGCAGACAGCCAUCGCCCUGCCCCUGAAGAAGGCGACCCCUCGGUGAGCCCUGUGAUCUCGCCCGCCGAGCUCUUCGAGCGCGCAACGCUCGUCACCUGCUCGAUCAUCAACGUCUCCUCAUACGUCAACUGCCGCGAUGGGCCGGGAACCGCCAACAAGGUCAUAGCGACGGCGCGUAAUGGGGACAAGUACAAGUUCUCGUGCUUUGCGAAGGGAGAGUGUAUCAAUGGCAAUUGGUGA